AUGAGAUACAUAGAGAAAAAUAAUUUGAAUCAUCAGAGUUCAUGUUUGUUUCCGUCUAUUACGUGGUAUCUGAUUUCCUAUUUCGUGUCUGCAGCAUUUGGUGUGAGAGCGAAGCCGCACUCCUCCAUAUUCCAAAGUAUUGUGGGGAAUUUCACAUUUGGAGCAAAUUUUGCCGUGGCAGGGGCAACUGCUCGCAAUAGUUCCUUAUGGUACCAGGAUUCUGGAUUCAAUAGCCUGUUCUCGUUGAACAUUCAAGCUUCAUUGCUUUCGCGCUACAAAGUUCGAUUGCAAUUUUUUGAGGAUACACGAUCAAUUACGAAUUUAAACCAGUCGUUGCGGACAGUGAAGUCUCUCAAUUCAUCCCUGUUCGUGGUGAAUGCUGGUUUUCAAGACUAUUUUUCUGGUUUAUACAAUCAAGCCACGACUCUAUCGGAAGCGCUUGACAUUAGCCGUCUGUGGUGGAUGCAAUCAUCGCAGCUGACAGUAAACCGUAUUGCUCGCUAUUCAAUAAAACCUCUGCCCUCGUGGACCGUGCAGCGCCUCAGUAAACUCGGUGCGAAGAGCAUCUUAAUCGUAAACGUCGUACCUUUGGGUUGCACGCCUGCUCUGCUAACAAUUUACUAUCAGGAUUCAGCAAGCAAUUAUGAUGGUCAUGGUUGCUUGAAGAAUAUCAACAGAAUAAGCAAGUAUCAUAAUACUUUGCUCGCAAACAGCGUGAAUGACCUCCGACACAGACACCAGCAUGUGACGUUCUAUUUGGCAGAUUAUUAUCGGGCGUACAGAAAGGUGUUGAGAAUGCCAUCGGACUAUGGUAUUCCAAACCCUUUGAGAGCAUGCUGCGGUUGCGCCGGCUCUUACAAUUUCAACAAUCAGACAACCUGCGGACACAUCGGACCAUACAACCGCAUCACAAAUAACUUGAGGAGACUAUGCUUGUUCCCUUCAGCGUUUGCCAACUGGGACGGGGUUCAUCCCUCUCAGCGAAUGAACUUGGCGGCAGCAACGGCUUUUUUUCUGGAAAACAUAUAACACCAAAGGGUGGCUUCAAGUGCACGCCUGACAAAAGUAACUAGUAACUGAGAGAAAUCCCUUGCUUCCUCUCUGCUCAAAUGGUUCAAAGUAGAGUGCAUGGUAUUUAAGUUUUUCUAGUUGUCAAUCAGCUUCUCUAAUGAAGCAACAUUUAUUAGAAUAUUCUUAAAUAUCUGAUGGCGUAGUAUGGGAUUGCAGGAAUCUAACCAUGCGGUGAAGCGGGAAAUCCAUCCAGUGGUCUGAAUAAUUCGAUUCUAAAUUUUAUGCAUUUUAACCAUGACCAAUGACAUGUUUCUGGUUGAUGGUAUUGUUACUGGUGACAUGAUUUGCUUGCAGUUUGCGACGCUGAACCCCGCACCAAGGCAAAACAAUUUGUAUCACUUUUGAGAAAACAAAAUUAAUCCAGAUAGACUGAAGGAGCUACC